UUGUCAGGUAUUAACCGAUCCAAAUGCAAACGCAAACAAAGACUUGAUUUGUGUUUACGAGACGAAUAGGUUAUUUAGAGACAUUACAUCGCUGUUGUUUACCAUAGAAGCAAAUCUACUAAGGCCAUGGCUACUUUGGAGGAUAAAAUUCUCGGUGAUAAACAACAUAAUUAUUGUUCUAGCAGUGAGAGUGGCGAGGAGUCAGGAGAUGAGGGAAUUGAUGCCGAGGAUUCAGGAGCAGCAGCAUCCUUACAACAAGGUAGGAAUACACUUGUGUCUAAUGUGCCUGAACCUUCAAAAUGGGAUGGGGUUUCUACUAAUACAGGUCCUAAGGGCGUUUUAAAGGACUGGCAACGUUUUAAACAACUAGAGGUUGAAAAACGAAGAGAACAAGAGGCAGAGAGACUUGCUUUGAUGAAGAAACUCUCAAUCACAUGCAAGUCAACUCUGGAUGAAGAAAGAGACAAAAAAGAUGCAAAGUGUGAUGAAUUUGCUGAAUUACUAUCUGAUGAAUUUCUAGAGCAGUACAGAAAACAGCGAAUGCAUGAAAUGAUGUCCAAUUCCUCAAAACUUCCAAAAUUUGGAUUACUUCAUGAUUUGAAAAGUGGUGACCAGUUUCUUGAGGCUGUAGACAAUGAAAAUAAAGCUGUAACAGUGAUCGUUCACAUUUACGAAGAUAAAGUGCCUGGUUGUAAAACAAUGAAUUCUUGUCUGGCUGAACUCAGCCAGGAAUAUGUACAGGUAAAGUUCUGCAAACUCCUCAGUACUGCUGCAGGAAUGAGCAAUCACUUCAAGGCUGAUGGUGUACCAGCUCUACUUGUCUACAAAGGCGGACAAGUUGUGGGAAAUUUUGUACGAGUUACUGAUGACCUCGGUGAUGAGUUUUAUGCAGGGGACGUCGAAAACUUCCUCAUCGAGCAUGGGAUGAUUGUAGACAGAUCUUGUGUUCCUCAUAUCAUAUCCGGGCCAAAAGUGGAUGGCAAUGAUAGUGAUGUGAGCUUAGAAUAAGUUUUUUGCUUGCCUUCUGGUUGGAAAUAACAGUACCGUACAUACAGUUUUAACUAUCAUCAAAAAUUCUUUAUAUCAGAUGUAUUAUAAAAUUUAAAUUAGCUACAAUAGGCUAAAUUCAUUUAGA